UUAGAUGUUUACUGCCGUAGCGUAGAGAUUAGUUGAGUUCUAAACGUUGUGUAAGGUGGACGCUUUUUGUCGAUUCGGUUCACUAUAUGGUGACCGUCGGGUUUUACUAGGAGUGUGGCAUACACAGUGUGUUUCCCUGAUAUGGCGGAUUAAGAAUUGAUAACGACCCUACUGUACAACUGUGAAGAAUCCUGCAAGCGCGAAAUGCGAAUGAAGUUCGAUACCCGCCAGUGCUGGCAAGUGAAUACCAAUUCGGUCCGGUUGAUUCCAUGAAUGAAAUCGAAGAAAUCGGUGGCGCAGUGGUCCCCUGUUUCAUGAAAAUGUGUUGUGGUUUCGAGCUGAAAUAAGUGACAUUCCAUUCUUCAUAAAAGUGAUAGACGUAAACCUGUCGCAGAUCUGGGGAAACCUCCGGUUCAGAAUUACACGCUAACGCCAAUAGCGCUUAAAGAAAACAACUUUGCCUCUUGUCAGUCGGUGUCCGCGUUGUUGAAGUGCGUGUUUUGUGUAUCGCUUUGUACUCGAAGUACGCAAGCUCCUCACCGAUUUCGUUAGGGCCGUAAGGCGCGUAGUGAGGAAACAGACAAGGAGAAGUCAGAAGAGAAAAGAAAAAAGAUUACAACCUUGUCCCGAAUUUUUCGAUUUUAUUUCUCGUCAUCAUACGUCUUGUUUCGGGCUUCGGUUGUUUGGUGUGCGACGGCGUGCAAGUAUAUCAACUCACGGUGUAUGUCUGUUUGCACUCAGUGCGUGGUUUCACUAAUAAUACCUGCCAAACACAUGUGAUGCCAAACGAAGCUGCAGAUGGAUUACAACGGUUAAAGCGGCUGGAGUGCAAUCGAGAAUCUAAGUGCUCGCAGUGAGUUUCAUUACGUCAAUAUCGAGAACAAGCGACAACCAGUGACAGCCCAUCGGCCGUGAUAGCGCGAACCCCUCUUGAACACGGCGAAAAAACAACAGUCUGUGCAAUACAUACAUAUAACGGCGUCGUCGGACGAGUGUACCUACCAACCUACAUACGACGGACCCCGUGGUGGAAAACGGGUGCCAUUCUGUGCGAUAUUCUCUGCGCGGACGAAGCUGCAAACGGUGGAGAGGCCAGCACGCGCAGGCAAGCAGAGGCAGGACAACCUUUCCGGAGGCAAACUGUGUUUCUAUUGAAGACGCUGAACACAGGGAACAAUGAGUUGAGCUUGAUCGCCUUCCGCGUAACCGUUCUCUCACUCUCUCAUCUCAUCCUACUUCAGGAUCCAUUAUCAAAGAACGAGCGAUUCCAACUUUAGUCGGGUACUACUUUUCUCGCGGCGCAUCAAGAACCAUCUCGUCGCUGCUGGCAGAAAACUGAUUUGGUGAACAAGUUUUCUGAAUUUAAUUUUCGUGCUGUCAUCAGCGUCUCAUCCGCCGACCAUCCGGCCGACCGACCGACCGACCAUCAGUAUCGCGUUAAAGGACAUACUCGGUACUCCGGUCCUAGCGGCACAUGUGUCACUCCAGAAACAUCACCAGCAGCAACUAACCCCUGCUCAGUGGAAGCGUCAACCGUGGCGGGGUAAGCGGAGGUGUCAAGCGGGAAGCAAUAGCGAGAUAUGCAUGCUUGUAGUCGCUGCAGCAGGAAGGAACGAUGAAGAUAAUCUAAUUGAAAUUUUGCACCCAGGCUGGACUGGGACAGCGAGCGCAAUCUGCGACUACUAGCAGAAGCAGCAGCAGCACACACGUAACAGCAACCAACCACGGAGACAGAAAACAUUUCGCCUCAUUUUCGGAGCAGAAAAUCAGAUUCGAAAUCAUACAUAGACACGUCUUGUCUAGAAGACUCAAAAUGACACGAACCGCAAUCAGCGCCCUAACGGUGGGAUUACUGCUGCUGUGCUGCAGUACCCGGGCCGAUUCGAGCUAUUACGGAGGUGCCGGUGUUAGCCCGGUUCCCCAUUUACCGGCAAUCCCGAAAGAUCCACACUCGCGAUGCGAAGAAAUCACUAUUCCGAUGUGUCGGGGCAUUGGAUACAAUUUAACCUCAUUCCCAAACGAGAUGAACCACGAAACGCAGGAAGAAGCUGGCCUAGAAGUCCAUCAAUUCUGGCCGCUGGUUGAGAUCAAAUGCUCGCCUGAUUUGAAAUUCUUCUUGUGCUCGAUGUAUACACCGAUCUGCAUCGAAGACUAUCACAAACCGUUGCCGGUGUGCCGGAGUGUUUGUGAGCGGGCCCGUUCCGGUUGUGCCCCGAUCAUGCAGCAAUACAGCUUCAGUUGGCCCGAACGAAUGGCGUGCGAAAACCUGCCAGUAUCCGGUGACAGCGAGAAUCUCUGUAUGGAGCAGCCCAGUGAGGACGAUGGCAGCCAUUCGUCCUCCGGAAGUGGAAGCGGUGGUAGUGGUGGUGGUUCUCACGUCAAACCUACCCGUAAAUCUCAUGGGUCAACCACAGGCGGUGCUACCGGCCAGAACAACAAAUGCAAAGGCAAGAAUUCAAAAAACUGCCAAAAUCCCCCAGGGGAAAGAACAAAAGAGUGCAUGUGCCGGUGUCGGGAGCCACUGGUGACCCUGGGGAGGGAAAGCUUACUGCACAACCAAAGUGUCGAAAGGGUCGGCGACGUAAUAAAUUGCGCGAUCCCGUGCCGGGGGGCGUUCUUCAGCCAGGAAGAAAAGGAUUUCGCCGGGGUGUGGAUCGCGCUCUGGUCCGGCCUCUGCGGCAUAAGCACACUAAUGACACUCACCACGUUCCUCAUAGACACCGAAAGAUUCAAGUAUCCUGAGAGACCGAUCGUGUUCCUGUCGGCGUGUUAUUUCAUCGUGUCCUGCGGCUAUCUGACGCGGCUCUUCAUGGGUCACGACGAGAUUGCGUGCGACGGGAAGGGCAUCAAGUAUCCAUCGAUGGGCCAGAGCUCCUGUACGAUGGUGUUCAUCAUGAUCUACUUUUUCGGUAUGGCCUCCUCGAUCUGGUGGGUGAUUCUGUCGUUCACCUGGUUCCUGGCCGCCGGACUCAAAUGGGGCAAUGAAGCAAUCUCCAAGCACUCGCAAUAUUUCCAUCUUGCGGCCUGGCUUAUUCCGACUGUGCAGAGCGUUUCGGUGCUGUUAAGGCCAGCCGUUGAUGGAGAUCCAAUCGCCGGAAUCUGCUACGUCGGAAAUACGUCCGUUGAAAAUCUUAAGAAUUUCGUUCUGGCACCGCUUUUCGUCUAUCUGGUAGUAGGAACGACGUUCCUGAUGGCUGGAUUUGUGUCAUUGUUCCGAAUCAGGUCGGUUAUUAAGCAGCAGGGUGGAAUCGGAGCGGGAUCCAAAGCGGACAAGCUGGAGAAACUGAUGAUUCGGAUAGGGAUCUUCAGUGUUUUGUACACCGUUCCGGCUACGAUAGUCAUCGGAUGCAAUCUGUACGAAGCGAACUACUUCGAAGACUGGAUGACCGGUUUGACAUGUCCGUGCAAAGCGGCCAUUGGAAUCCGGCAGAAGCCCCUGUACUCGGUGCUGAUGUUGAAGUAUUUCAUGGCCCUUGCUGUGGGCAUCACAUCCGGCGUGUGGAUAUGGUCUGGCAAAACCGUGGAAUCGUGGCGACGAUUAUGGCGAAGAUUGUUCGGUUCGCCCGAUCCAACCGGCGCUGGUCAGGUGCUGAUAAAACCGCGACCUCCACUCCCGCAGCCAUAUGCCACCUCAGGGAUCGGUGUAGGUCCCGGUUCGGCUGCAGCAUCUCUACUUGCCACUCCGUACACGCAAACCGUCGGUAGCGUGGCGUCCACUAGUCAUCAUCAUCUGCAUCAUCAUGUACUCAAGCAAACACCGCUCAGCCACGUAUGACCUGGAGAUAUUGGCGGCGCUUCCUCGCUCACUGCCGGAUCCGGCUCGGUGGUUGACCCCCGGGCCGUCUCUGUCGUCGUAACGCUGCCAGGACCACAACCAGGACAAGCCCUGAGCGACUAUGGUCCGAUAUAGUUGACAGUGCGACCAGAUACGGCACGAUGGAUACCUAGCAAUGCGAGCGAUCAGCUGUGACCCGGACGCGCAUAAACGGGGAGGGACUCCGCACACAGCCUCAGCAGUCUCUCAUCAGCAUCAGCAUCAUCAUCUGCAAGUGCAUGUGUGCGUGAGCAACACUUGUGUAGAAGUUAGUUAACGUAGUAGGCGCAUAGGUCUGUGUUUAAUUUGUACCGAUUGUGUAAGGCAGGCUAAAACCAGAAAGUUGUGUGAUGUAGAUGUCGUUGUUUCUUAUUGUAGACUGUAAGGACAAACGAAACAAGCAUAAGCAAGUAACAAAGUGUACACAUUUCUAUGUAUAGGAUAGGUCAAAUGAAGUCGUGCUGGUCAAAAGUCGCACUGUUCCCUCCCUGUCGCCAUUUUCUCAACAACAACAAAAAUCAUCCUACUAACUAAUACUACAACUACUACUAACUACAACUACUACUACCAUCUAAAUCUUUAUCAUAAGUACGAUGAAGCAGCUCUCUUUCUAGUCCAAAAAAAAACACUAAUAACUGUUGAAAACUGAUCCAUCGACAGACUUUUAUACACAAGUGAAGAGCCAAAAAAAGAUACAUCUCCUGUCGACUAUCAAACGUCAAGCAAAACGAAAUAUUAUUCCGAUGUCAUAACAUUAUUGGUAUGUGGUAGCAGCAAAAAUAGUCUACUUGUCCAAGAAAUUACCUUCUAACUGUGAACUAAAAAUGUGUUCUUUAGUAGAGCAUUCUCGUGAUGUCCCAAAACUACUAUUUAAAGCUGACCAGUUUAAAUCUGCAAACCAUUGCUCUCCAAAGCAAACGAAAAAAAACGGCCACCACAAACUCCUCGAAAAACGGUGCUCUCGAGAUAUCCCAACACACACGUAAAUGACAAUACUAGCCCCAGCAAAUAGUUAUAGACUCACAUUUCAACACAAAAAUCAUUAUUUGUAGCGCCUGAAAGUCGCAAAACAAACAUCUACGGAAAUGCGUGCGCUAUCAUAUAACAACAACCAAAAAAUAAAGCUGAAUUCCGCCAUUUCACUGCCAAAAUCGUUAAUUUUCGGUCCACAUAGAAAACAGUAACGACGCGCGAGGCCAACCGGCAUUUAAUAAAUUCCCAACUUCUGCUGACGGUCAGUUGGUGGAAGUCCGAAACCGCUCUCGCUAUCCGAUAGAUAAAUCAGACUGGACACUAACAUAAAUCUAAAUUAACUCGGAUUAGCCGUUUGGCAGCGAGAGCAAAGUUGUCAUUUUAUUCUAUCGGCCUACCAGCUCUGCUGAAAUGCGACGGUCGCGACGCGCGAAAAGCAACCAACAACAAUCAACCAACCAGGCGGCUUUGUAGAAAUGAGAGCAAGCAGGCGUUAUGUGACUGCGAAAAACGAAGAAGAAAAAGAAAAUAAAUCAACAACUCUGUAACUGACGAAAAAGAAGUAAUUAAAACACUUUUAAAAGGUGCAUUUCAUGAAACAUUCAUACGUAAUUAGAAUUAAUUUACUCGUUUAUGGUAUAUAGCUAUUGGGCAAAAAUCGUAGAGGAAAACGUUAAAACAGAACAUUGACUGGUUCAGUUUUUCUCAGCUUCAAUCGUAGUUAUGUUAUCUCUGUCAGUGUGCAGAAAUUGAUUCAAUUUUUGUUUUGCUUGAUUUGAAUUAUUCUUUCGGAAAUGGUUUUGCCUUCGAGUCUUACUUUCGGUUUCGCUUUGCUUUCUUCUCCGAAAACUCUCAAAACAUGACCUCUAAGUUUACCCCCGCACAUUUACCAUUUACCCAUCACUCGUACUUGGUUGUAAAAAGCCUACUUUGAUUGCCAUAACUUCAGUUAUUGAAGCCUUUCGGUUAAGCUUUGUUUAUUAUGUAUAGAAGAAACACACACACACACUCACUCACGCACUGCUAGUGAGGAGAAAAACUUAUACACUAUUUCUUGUUUAUAUUUUUAUUCACUAUUAAUCGAACUAGGAAACUUACUUUAACUGCGUGUACAUAUCAUAAUUCUAGCUUAAAGUGAAGAAUGUCGAAAUAAUCUGUUUUGCUCUGAAUACACCGUCUAAAAAAAUAUAAUUUGGUAGCUGCUUCUAACAAAAAAUGUAAAGAUAUAUCUAUCAAAGCAAAAUCAAACUGUAAAUUAUUUGUAAUUUAUUUAGCCCCGCUGAGUUAAACAAGCCGUGUGACGACGAAUCGCGGCAGUAUUAUAAAAUGAAUUCUAUGAUGAGAGUGAUCGAGCGAAAUAACAGCGUCACACAUGCAUUUAUGGCACUAAAUCAGAACUUCAAAAUUUGCAUCCCUUCUGGAUCAUUUACUUCCCAUGGAAAAACAGCAGUGAAAUUAAUUCUAUACCCUAAAAGUAAACAGAAAAAAAUUAAACUACAGCUUUCGCAACGUAUCAGUCAAUUAUGGAAGAUAGUUUAUUUUUUACCCACCAAUAUCACAACCUCUGUAUAUUAAUUUGGCAACUUAACCAAAAUAAAAGUCUGUCCGAUUAGAGCAUCUCUCAUCUGCUACUACUUUUUAUUUUGUUUGUUUUUCUUUUUUUCAUGGAAAAGAAACGCAAAACGCUAAAAGAAACAGAAUAAAGCAAACGGUGUGAAUGAAAUCUGGUUUUAACAGAUACAUGGACUGUAUACGAAUAUUUUGAAUCAUAAUUAUUACUGCAAUUAUUACUGUAUUUGAGCAUAAUUACCGUAAUCAUGCGUAGUAAUAAGGCAUAAGUCGUAGUGUAUAAACAAAAGAAUAAGAUGAAGGAAAAAAAAUUAACACAAAAGGUAAAGAAACAACAAUGGAAGCAAAAAUUAUACAAUAAGAUGAUUCACAAGUGAACGGUGAAGCAAGGAAAACAAACUUAUAUAUAUAAAAUGAAACAUAUUUUUAAUUGUUUAAUAAAUUAUUAAAAUAAUAUGUAAAACCAAAUAAAACGACA